AAACGCUGUAUUGGAGGGCUCGAAAGUUUAAUAAACAAACGUGAAUGAGCCUGCACCGAGUACAGUUUUAAAAUAAAUAAACGAACCGUAAAUUUAUGCUCGGAGAACUCAGACCAAAAUACCGAACGCACGGACAGAGGUUCAGAAACUGUUUUUGGGACGGUUUUUUUGGCGGGAUGGAACAGACCUAUUAUUUAUGAAUAUAUAAUUUUAAAAUGUUGUUGUAUAUGCAUGUGUCGUAUUACGAUUCAUAUAUUUCAUAAGAAAUAUUUUAAAAUACAUGUAAUUUGAGGUAGAAAAGAACGAUCACUGGAGAGCAAUUCUUCACUGGACCUGGACAUGUAAAAAGUGGCUUCUUUAAAAUCCAGGCAGUCAUUCAUCAAAAAAAAAAUUAGAAAUAUCGUAUUACAAGUAUCGAUAUUUUCUCAUAUUAAUAUCGAUAUCAGAAAAAAGAAUAUCGAUAAAGCGUGCUCUAGGUUAUGAAGAAUUGUGUCACUUUUUAAAUAAUAUGGCGCGCAGUUCAAAUUUUAAACAUUUCUUGAUAAUUCAAAUUGAUAAUAAUAAAUUUUAAUUGAUUACAUGCUUAUAUAAUCCCCACGCAAAAUGAUAAUGUUUCAAAAUAUUUAUGUGUCGCAAUAAAAACUGCAGUAGCAAAUUGGUGAUUAAUAUAAAUUUAUUAUCUUAAUUUUUAUCUGAUCCUUGUAAGACGCAAAUUCCAUAUAAUUUAUACCUGCUUCAAUCUCAAUUUAUUAUCAGCCCUCUUUUAGAAGCAAUUACAUUCCAGGAACAUCUUUUACCUUCCACUUGGGUUCAGUAAACAAUAUUUUUCUUCGAGAAGCAGAUGAAUAGUCGAUUCGACAUGCGUGAAGAUAUAAUAGCCAAGAAUCAACUACAAAUAGGCGAAAAAUCAAGGUGGCUCAGUCCAAAUUGGCUAUCAUGGAAUAAAUACUCAGAAGCUAUGUUGAGAACUCUUGAGAGGAAAAUUUUAAAAAUUCUAAAAACUUCCUACAGAGGUUUUUAUGUGGACAUAGGCCCAGUAGUAGGACCCACUGACAAAAUAUGGACUCUUUCCUUCAAUACGGACUCACCAAAAACCCCUUUGGUUCUUAUUCAUGGCUUAGGGGCUGGUGUGGCGCUGUGGUGCUUGAAUAUAGACGAUUUGGCUGAUACUAGGCCUGUUUAUGCUUUUGAUAUGUUAGGUUUUGGAAGAUCAUCUCGACCAGACUUCGAGACUGACGCAAUCAAAGCCGAAAAACAAAUGGUCAGUUCCAUUGAGGAAUGGCGCAAAGAAAUGAAACUGAAAGAUUUCAUUUUAUGCGGACACAGUAUGGGUGGAUUCCUAGCGACUUCGUAUUCACUCACUUAUCCCGACAAAGUGAAACAUUUAAUUCUGGCAGAUCCAUGGGGUUUCCCCGAAAAACCACCAGACACUACUCAACACGUACCUCUAUGGAUCAAAACUCUAAGCUACGUGAUGCAACCGUUCAAUCCUUUGACCAGCGUUAGAAUGGCUGGGCCGUUAGGCCCUUGGUUUAUCAAUACCCUGAGGCCAGAUAUUUCCAAAAAAUACGCCACCGCAAUAGAGGAUGUAGACCUGAUUAAUCAGUAUAUUUAUCAGUGCAAUUCACAAUAUCCUAGUGGAGAGAGUGCGUUUCAUGCGAUGAUGUCUGGAUUCGGGUGGGCCAAAAAUCCGAUGGUACGUCGAAUAGAUAAUUUGGAUAGUAAAAUUCCUAUUACGCUUCUUUGGGGCUCUAAAACCUGGAUUGAUCAUUCGGCGGAGGAAAUUUUGAAGAACAAAAGAUACAAUUCUUAUUUUAAGUUACAAGUUAUCAGUGGUGCUGGUCAUCACGUCUAUGCAGACAAACCGGAACAAUUUAAUCAAAUUAUAUUGGAAGCUUGUGAAUUUACUGACACGCAAGGAACUCAAGGAAAUUUAGCGAUUAUGCCAGUAAGUGACAGUAAUGAUGAAUCCGAAGUGCCUGAAAGUGAUAAGACUUUGAGAUAGUGGCAAAUUUUAACUAAGUUCCUCUGCUUUAUUUGAGUCACAGAAAUUUAUAAAAAGCAGUAUUAUGUAUUGCAUAUAAUAUUAUGGAAGAAUUUUAUGGUUUACCACUAAUUACUAAUUAAUAGUACAAAUUAUUCAAAAAAAAUAAAUAGUAUAUAAAUUUUAUUUUAUUUAUAUUGAUAUGCCUAAACGAUAGUUUUACUUUUUGAUAUUUUAUUUAUAAAAUGUUGAUACUAGUGUGAUCGUGAAAUUUAAAUGACAAGGCAACUUAGUUUUUAUUGAUUAGAAUAGUAAAGGGGAUGCUUUUUGUUGUAAUAUUGGGGGAUGAAUUUUUCCACUAUUUAUCUUUUACUUCCAAUUUAUUGUUUCCCUUUUAGAUUUUAAUACUUAGCUACUCUCAUUUUGUGAUAAUAUAUUGUUGAAAUAAACUAUUAAUAUUUUAUUAUUUGAA